GGGACGGGGGCGGUGCUCUGGCGGGCUGGGCAUGGCGUCCAUGGCGGCGGCGAUCGCGGCCUCGCGCUCCGCGGUCAUGAGCGCCAACCGUCCGCUGGACGAGCGGGAGCGGAAGCGCUUCACCUACUUCUCGUCUCUGAGCCCCAUGGCCAAGAAGAUCAUGCAGGACAAGGAGAAGAUCCGUGAGAAGUACGGGCCCGAGUGGGCGCGGCUGCCACCCGCUCAGCAGGACGAGAUCAUCGACCGCUGCUUGGUGGGGCCGCGCGUCUCAGCACCCUCGGACUCAGGAGACCCGGGGGACCCUGGACAUUUCCCCGGCCUGCGCGGGCCCACGGGCCAGAAGCUGGUGCGCUUCGGCGACGAGGACAUAACUUGGCAAGAUGAGCACUCUGCCCCUUUCUCCUGGGAAACAAAGAGUCAGAUGGAGUUCAGCAUCGCCUCCUUAUCCAUCCAGGAACCGAGCAAUGGCACUGCCACCAGCGACCCCAGGCCACUGCCCAAAGCCUCACAGGGCAGCAGGUCCUCCAGCCUGGACGCCUUGGGUCCAGCACGGAAGGAAGAGGAGGCAUCCUUUUGGAAGAUCAAUGCUGAGCGGUCCCGGGAGGGGCCUGAGGCUGAUUUCCAGUCACUGACCCCCAGCCAAAUCAAGUCCAUAGAAAAGGGGGAGAAGAUGCUGUCUGCCUGUUAUCGACAGGAUCUCGGCCCAAAGGACCGGGAGGCCAAGGCCCUGCGCCCAGAGCAGCGAGUCCUUCCCAGUGCAAGCACGGAGUGUGAGAGACCCCAGCUCAUCCAGAGCCCCACCAGUGUGGUACCUGAGGUCACCCCCUGUGAACCACCAGGGAAGCCAUCGUCUCCUGCCGUUGUGCAGGAGGAUGAGGAUGAGGAUGAUGCUCUGUUCCUGGAGCCCAAGCCUGCACAGGCCAGCUCAAGCAAUGUUGUCUUGAAGACAGGAUUUGAUUUUCUGGACAACUGGUAAAAUGUGUGAGACCAGAAGAAAAAAAAAAAAAAUACAGCCAAGAACCCCGAAACACUUUCCACAGUGCUGCGCUGGAGGAGGAUGCGAAGGGUGAUGUUGCCUUGCCUAUUUCCCUGGUUUCUCUACUCCUUUUCGUAAUUCUUUGGAAACUGGUAAAUAUUGCCGGAUUUUUCCCUUUUUGGUAAAACCAGAUGCAUACACUAUUUUCAAUGAUUUGAUAACCGCAGUUCUACUUUUGAAAUUUUUAAAGACUGUUAAGAAUUUAGUCAAUCUUGUAAAUAAAACUUCUGUUCCCUGCCCCACCAGUUUGUCCUCCUCCCGGCAGGGUGUCUUCUCACCACCUCAUAGAAGUCCCACCGAGAUUCUGUCUCUUCCUCUGCUCGGUGGGUGACCUCGGUGACGUCCUCAGCCGUGAUAACAUUGGCUGUUGACUGUGGCUCUAGAAAAAUUCAUGCUGAAGCCACGUCCUAUGCUGGGUGCCACCUGCCACCCUUGUGUCACUUCCAGGAAGCAUCCCAGUGGCACGUGGCAGACAUUGUCUUUGAGUUGCUCCCUACUUAUUCACAGUAUUGGUCAUUGUUUAAAAAGAAUGAUGUGUUUAGAAGCUUUGUAUCAGCUUCUCAUUGUUUUAUAUCUAGAUGUAGUGCCAUGGGCAGCCAUUUCCCCUGGUUUUGUACCUGUUUCCUUCUAGGAGCUCCUGUUACCUGGCAACCUGCUGGUUGCCCCUGUACCGAGUAUACAGGAACUAGGAUGUAUGCAAUCAGUGCUGGAGCACAGGGCCUUCUAAUUUGCUGUUAGAACCUGCUGUGUAAGAUGGGGCCAUGGCUGUCCUCAUCCCAAGAAGUGCUUAGGCCACAUCAUGGUGAAUCCAACCUGCCACCCCUGAUGGGUUGCAGAAAUGGAAGGGGCAUCUCUGAAGCCCAGCAGUGACCCCUGAAACUCCAUGAUGGAUUCCUUAUGGUCCUCCCUGUGCCCUGCCCAGUGGCCCUGAACUCGGUGCACCUGUAGGACCCAGCAGGCUGCAAGCCCUGUGCAAUGUAGUGCAUAUCACCAUCACUGUGAUCUCCUUACCCGAGGCCUUAGUCCUUAUGGGCUCUACCAGUAAACGGGUUUUCAGUACCAAAGGGUCAUGGCAUCUUAAUAUGUAAACCUUCUGCAAUGGUUUCCAGAAUAUUUCUUCUGUCUCCAAGGUAAAAUACUUGGAAACUCCCACCCCCACUUCAAGGAAAGUGUCUGCCAUGCUGUGACUUUGCCAGCACUGGAUUUGGUUCCUGCCAAUUGCUUCAGGUCCCUAUACCUUGUUUGGCUCCUCUGGGCUGGGGCUUACCCUCCUCUGUUAGGGACAGACUGCAGCUCAGCACAGGGAGGUUUUUGUGUACUGUUUAAAUAUGAUUGAUACCUGCAAGAGAGAGGCUGGCUGCAUGGUGGUGAGAGGAGAGAGAUCUUAGGCAUUCCAGCUAGCACAGCCCAGUGGUGUGCCGGUCAGCCUGGGGCACAGCACUUUCCUAGAGCCGUGAGUGCCAUCUCCUAUACUUACAUCCCCAGGAAAGCCACCAAUCGAGAGGCUCCAUAGCAAGGAUUUCUUCUGGAAGUCUGUGUGCUGCUGGGAGGACAGUACUUUUGCUCAGGGCACUCUGCCUGCUCUUUGGCAGAAGUUAUUUCUUUCCCACCUUCUCAGUGAUCUGUGUCCCCCUCAGAUCAGCCUCAGACCUGAAAGGUAUGGGUAGGACCAUUGAAAGUUGCUGUGUGUUUCAUACCAUCUGGGCCCAGCAUGCACAGGGUUUAUUCUCAAAGUGGCGAUUUAUAAAGCAAGUGUUAAGUCGAAGAGGAGAAAUUCUGGAGGGUCCUGAGUCCUGUUCAUUUGCUCUACUCUUGGAAGUACAAGUCCCCAUCCUGCCUGAUCUGCAGAUUAUCCUUGCAAAGUCCAAGCUGAGGUGGCUUCUUUCUCUUCUGGGGAAUCUGUGCCAGCAUCCAGGGAAAUCAGGCUCUGCGUGUGCCGUGUGUUCCCUCUCCCCUACAUCACAAUGGCAUUUCUAAAGCCAGGAGUUUAUAUUUAUUUUUUAAAAAAAAUAUACAUUUCUCUGCUGAUUUUGGACCCUCCCCCACCUGGAGGCAGCCCCUGAGACUCAGCUCAGGAUUCACUCUUGCCCCGGUGACUGCAUUUUACAGCAGCUCCCCCAGGAACUCAGGAGCAGUUCUGGGGCACUGGGCCCACUCCUGGCCCUGGGGCUGAGUUGGUCUGCCGCGUUGGGGCAGCAGGCCUGUCCCUGGCCAGAUGCAGCCUGUGGGUGUUAGGAGCAUCUUGUGUUUCCUUGCACCUCCCUUUCUUCGGUACACAUUUUAAAAAAAAAAAAUACAUUGUUACUGAUAACUUGUAACUUGGUUGUAUUUUAUACUAAUAGCCUUUAAUAAAGCCAUUUGAAAAAUG